UUAAAGCACGUCACAUGACACUGAUGUCAGUCUGUGCUGUAGCUGCAGUGAUAAAGUGUUAAAAGGCGAGCUAAAUUAACCUCUCAGCUAGCAAAUAUAUACAUUCAAAAAGUUUAAACGUGUAACCAGAAACGUCAGUGUUUUUGUUACCAGAAACAGAGCUUUGUCAGUUCAGUAAAUCCAAUCCUUGGGCAUUAGUUCUCCCUUUGCUAUUGUUGUCAAGAUAACGUUAGCCUAGCUAGCACAACAUCUUGCUAAGCUAGCUAGUUAGCCGCGUCUUGUUGUUUGUGUCGCUGUGAUAUCGCACUGAGGAGCCACUGGAGUUUUACCGGAGAGAGAGAAACAUGACUCAAACCGGUGGUGUUCAGUCAUGGUGGCUGGGAGUAACGUUACAGUUGAUUUUAGCUGGCGUGUUGCUCCAAGGUUUUGCUGCAGCUCAGACCAAGGCUGCACCACACAAGGAGCCCAUGAGACCUGAGAAAGGCAACUAUGUGGUGUCCAGCAGCAACGGUACUGCCUGUUUACUGGCCUCCAUGGGUCUCCAGCUCAACAUCACUUUCAACUCUGUGUCCCAGAAUAAGACUGUGCGGAACAUCGUGAACCUGCAGCCAAAUGUGACAAAGUCCUCUGGAUCAUGUGAAUCAGACACCGCCUCUCUGCGACUCUCAUCGGAUGCAGAGAACACCAACCUCACCUUCUUCUUCUCCCUGAAUACAACGUCCAAUAAAUACCACCUGAGUAACGUGUCUCUGUCUGCAGCCUGGCCAGACAUGAAAGAGCCCGUCUCAGCCGAUAACAGCAGCCUGGACUUCCUGCGCGGCACCCUGGGGUUCUCCUACAUGUGUCGUGAGCAGCAGACUCUGACCGUGGCUGCGGAUCUCUCCAUCAACACCUUCCAGUUGCAGGUUCAGCCCUUCGGCGUGUCAGGAGAUCAGUUUGGAGCAGCUGAGGAGUGCCAGUUGGAUGAAGACGACAUGUUGAUCCCCAUCAUCGUCGGAGCAGCUCUAGCGGGUCUCGUCCUCAUCGUGCUGCUGGCGUACCUCAUCGGCAGAAAGAGGAGCCACGCCGGCUACCAGACCAUCUGAGGUCACAUGGCUCAGGGCAGAGCGCGCUACCCCACCCCGAGAUUAACCACUGCCUGUGCCCCCCCCCCCCGCCUGUGUGUGCUGUUCUUAGCCUUCAUCAGUAACGCUAGUCAUCAUCACUUAGUGGAGGUUGAUUUGCCCUUUCUGAACUGACCCGCUCAUUUGUAAAAAAAAGAAAGAUAAGGGGCUUUGUUUGGAGAAAAGCUGGUACUAUAAGGGAGGGGGCGGAUGUUGAUCAGAGGUUAGCAUUCUCAAUUUGUAAUGUACUAUUUAUAAUUUCUUUGAAAGGAAUUUUGAGGGAUUGUGAGAUUUGAGGGAAUUGCUACUGUAGCUUUUUCUUACGUGCUUUAGGGCGACCAUUUUUAGUGGUCUUGCCUUAAAUCAAGUUUGUGAAUAUAAAGGGAAUAUUUCUGGCAGUUCAGGAAGUUCACUUCAGACUGAAAUGAUCUGGCAAUUUUUUUAUUGUAACUCUACAUUCAGCCCAAGUAUGCAGAUUUUAUGUAACAAACCUUAAACACAGUAACCUGACUCUAAAAAGGAUAUGCAAGGAGUCCCCUUCGUAGCUUAAGUGGAUUAAUGCAUUUUAUUUCUUUAACUGGGUUUAGUUAUCUCACUCUUAAGGGACAGACUGAAGAUGCCGUUUUGACUUUGUUUUGUAAAAUAUUUGGUUUCAUUUAAAACAAUAAUUCAACAUUUUGGGAAGAAGCCUAUUUUAAGAUUGAUACCACUCUCAUGUCUGCACCGUAAAUGUGAAGCUACAACCAGCAGCUUGUUAGCCUAGCUUAGCAUAAAGACUUGCAACAGUGGGAAACAACUUGCCUGGCUUUGUCAAAGUAAAAAAAAGCUUAAAACUUGCCCAUUUACUCUGUUGAUUAAUCUGUGCAAAAACCAAAGUGUAAACAUGAAACGUUGAUAACCGUAAGCCCCUAACCCUCCCAUCUAAACACAAUGUAAUGUUUUGCAUUUCAAGUUUAAUUUAGAAGAAAUAAAUCUUGGAUAUAAUGUGUCGAUUGAGCUUUAGAGUUGGUGGUGGUGGGCAUACUUGUUCACUUUUGACUGGCAUUGCUAACUGAUUCCCCUGUUUCCUGUCUUAUACUAAGCUAAUCUAAGCUAAUCAGUUCUGAUAUGAGUGUUUAUCAUAUUUCUCUAUUUUUCUCAUCUAACUCAAAAUGUAAAACUAUUAUUUAAGGUCAAUGUAGCCACUGUUUAGUUUUGCUGUUACAAAAUUAAGUUGCUGAAACAAUCUUUAACAAAAGAAACUCUUCGGUUGGUUUAUGUGGAUGUAAAAGCUCAGGACAUCACUGUUGAGUGUGAAAAUGUUGACGUGUUACACUCCACUGGGUGGUUUUGUUUGUUUUCUUUUUCACUUGGGUUUUUUGCUUCUGAUGUGAAAGAAGUUGCACUAAUGUUCUGACAAACAGCCCCAAGUAAUGAUUAAAGAGGCCAAAAUGCUCCGGUCAGCGUUCAUCAGUGCCUUCCCCGCAGUCACAUAGAUAGGAUUAAAGUAAAGCCAAUACCACAGAGGGUCUCACUCACUGACACCGUGUGCUGCCAUGUCCGAGACUCUGUCUCACUAAGCCUUCAUGUACUGUUACUACCAUAGAAAUGUGUUGUUUGAUGUUGUAGGAGAAAGUAAAGAUAUUUUUUUCCAUGUUUAUUUUCUCCCUCAUCUAAAUAUCCAUGUAGUUAUUUAAUAAGGUUUUAAUGGAUUUGUUUGAACUGUUUGUUUUCUAAAGAGGAGGACAAUAAAAGUGAAUGAACGAGA